GAACAAAGUUUAGCUGAAUGCGUGAAAGAAAGAGAGAGGAAGAGGAAGAGGAAGCUACGUCGCAUCAAUUUUCCCUCUGAAUUUGAAAAUUUUCUUGCACUUUAUCUACUUCCAAACAGGUUAGACUCCUCUCUCUCUUUCUCUCUCUUCCUCUCGUUCUUGAAUCUCGUACUUGUCUGCAGUCUCUCUCUCUCUCUCUCUCUCUCUCUCUCUCUCGCAUCAAUUUGUAGUUCAAUUUGAAAAUCCGUCAAGUGAAAGCUCUGAGCUCUAAAUGGUUGUGGGCUGAUCUCUAUCAAUCGACGGAUAAUAAACUCUGCUCUUAGCUUCUUUGAAUAAAGGAGGAGUUUGGUGCAGUUACAUUGAGGUUAUCUUGACAAAUUAGCUAGUUGAAAUUGGAGGAAUAAAGGAUUUUGUGAAGUUACAAACUCUAGUUAUGAAGAUGGCUAGGGUUUUGAUUUGUUUUCUCAAUUUGAAUUUUUGGGAGGGAGAGUUGUAGUCUACCGUUUGUUGAACCCUCUGCCAUGUUAAAAAGAUGUGUUCCAUAUUGGCAUUGAUGGGUUUUCUCGAAGUUAUAGCUAUGUUCAUUUUCGGGAUGUGGAAAAUGGGAUUUUGGAAACAGAGUGAAAUAACCCUAAUUUAGUUAGGGUUUUGAGUUUACAGUAGCGAAUUUUGUUAAUUUUACUGUUGUUGACUAUGUUGUGAGAAAUGCAACGGAGGAAUCAGCAAUCGCGGGUAAAUCUCGCGGAGUUGAAAACUCAGAUAGUCAAGAAAAUUGGGGUGGAGAGGACAAAACUGUACUUAUACUAUUUAAAUAAAUUCUUGAAUUUGAAGCUAAGUAAGGUUGAGUUCAAUAAGCUAUGUUUUCGGAUUCUUGGAAGAGAGAAUAUUCCACUACAUAAUGAAUUUAUAUGUUCAAUCUUGAAAAAUGCUUGUAAUGCCAAAAUCUCACCACCACUGAAUCGUGAUAAGGAGGUUGCAACAUCUGCAAGUGAUGGGUCCCACACUUUUCCAAAUGGGAAGGCAGAUUUUGCUUCUCAUCUAUCAACCAUUACAAGUGAUAACAGAGCUUCAGAAGAUGGCAUACCAAAGCCGGUGCAGCAUCAUCAAGUACUCUCGCAAAAAGGAGACACAGAAGGGGAUGUUUUAUUUCACCACCCGAACAAAUUACUGCUUGCAAAGCGGUCAACAGAUGGUUCACUUUCUAUACAGUGUAAAGAACAGAGUAAAAUAUUUGUGGAUGAAGAUAGAAAAGAGAUAUCUGCUGUAAGUUCACUUGAGGCUCCACUUGGAAUUCCCUUUUGCAGUGUCAGUGUGGGUGGUGCCCGCAAACCUUUGCCUUUAGCAAGCAAUGAUAGAUGCACUAGUUCAUAUGAUAAUGGUGGAUUGCUGGACACACAGUCACUGAGAGAAAGAAUGCAACAAAUUGCUGUAGCACAGGGCCUGGAUGAGGUGUCAAUGGACUCUGCCAAUUUGCUGAACUUUGGCUUAGAUGCUUACUUGAAAGGGCUGAUCAAGUCUUGCAUUGAACUUGUGGGUACAAGGCAUGGAUGUGAUUUGGUGACAAAAAAUAGCCAAAAGCAAAAUUCUCGUAUGAAGCUUGUUAAUGGGUUUUGGCCAGGCCAUAGUAUGCAGGUGCAAAGUAGUGGUAGAGUCUUAGAUGGAGUGCAAGAACAGAGAUACCACUUCUCAAUAUCUUUAAUGGAUUUCAAAGUUGCGAUGGAGCUUAACCCACAGCAGCUUGGAGAAGACUGCCCAUUGCUGCUGGAGAAAAUUAUGCAUGUAAUUGAAGAAUAAAGCUCCUGUGGAAAGUUGUCUUUAUGAAGUGAUUAAUUUGGUUAUUCCUGCUUUUAAAGGGUCCAAGAAGAUAGGCAUUUAUUAUGCUUGCAUGCAAAUGACUUAAUCAAGAUUCAACACCAUUUCAAAGCGUUUAUGAAUCAAUUUCCUGCUAUCAGAUUAAACUCCAUCCCUUACACUAUGAGUUUGAAUCAGAAGAGGAGGUUCUGCUUUUGAGCUUCUUGUUGAUUUGGUGUACCACAUUUCACAGCAACCAAUCAAAAGCUUGAAGCAGGCCAGACUGUCAAAUGUGACUUUGCUUUCACUUUGGAAUCUGGUUUCUUCUCGCUGCAGCGAAUCAGAAGGAUCUGACCCCAGACUUUAUGAUUUGGUAGGAUCAAUGUGUCAUCAAGAAAAGAGCCAACAUAAAAUAGCCACUGAAUUAGGAAAAUCAUCCAAGCCGUUGCCAGGUAUACUGAUGUUAACCAAGCUCAUGGAGGAAGCUAUUCCGCGUAAAGAUUUCAUUUGUGAGUUAUGACAAAACAUUAUGUAUUUACAAAUGACCUUGUCAUUUGACAGGAACUCAUUUUCUCACAAUAAAGGUAAAACUUUGACACAUAUUACACUGAAUUAGGAUACACUCAGCAACAGCUCUGUACCAUGCUACUGCAAUGUCGGCCGUUGGAUGGUAAAAGUAUGACGGAUGCACAUGAAGUUGCAGGACACAAGCAGCACAUCAUUAUUAACACACGGUAUCAAGCUAGUGUCUUGUAUUAGGCAUGAUUUGCGGAGAAGGAAGAUGCUGCACUAUGGUUAGACCAUACAAAAAUUUUCCAGAAAGGCCUUUGCUUGCGCUUGGGAUGGUUAGCUAACAGCUCUGAUUCUGAUCUUUUCAACAUCUCCCACAUCACUUGAACAUCCUCAUAUCCACAGGUCUGUAUAUCAUUGUGAAGCUUCAGAAGUCCAGCACCUGCUCAAAAACACAAAACACCAGGGGACAAAAACAUGUAAGAUUUUUUCUGAUUCUUGAAUGGAAUAAAAAACAAAGCUGACCCAAUUAUUAAGCCUAUAAUCCAAGAGCCUAGAUGACAUUAAUCAUCUGAUGCUCCAAGUGGUUGGGAAACAAAGGCUGUUUUGUUGUUUUAAAGCAUUAAUCAACAACCUACCCCAGAUGGAGCUGGACCAAUUUGUGGUUGUUGGGGCAUACAUGUCCAGUAAGCAGUGAUCGGGCAAAUAAUUUUUGGUCAGAUAUCAGAAGUGACACACCUAGUUAUAGGCAAUUAGGCAUAAAGGUACACUGAAAUAGAUGUUGAUCUUAAAUGUGAGGCCUCUUCAUCUUUCGGCGCAAGAUCUUAAUUGAAAAGGUAACGAUUAUACCUAUAAAGAUUUUUCUAUUAGCUGCAAAGCGCAGGAAACAAGCCAGAAAUAUUUUCUUUUAGCAUUGCCACUAUCAUUUUAGGCAACUGAAAGUUUUGUCGUUUAAUUAAGCAUUAUUUUAUUUCUCUGAGUGGUUUUAACCUAGUGGAUGUAGUUGGUCUUAAAUAGAAUCUACAAAUGGGAGCCAUUUUCUCCGUUUUUUUGGAA